AUGGUGUUCAAGGUCUUCUUCCCCACGUGCUGCACGUCUGCGGACAGCGGGCUGCUGGUGGGGCGCUGGGUCCCAGAGCAGAGCAGCGCAGUGGUCCUGGCUGUGGUGCAUUUUCCCUUCAUCCCCAUUCAGGUCAAGGAGCUUCUGACCCAGGUUCAGCAGGCCAGCCAUGUGGGUGUGACCGUGCUGGGCACCUGGUGCCAUCGCCGGCAGGGGCCUGAGGAGGGCCUGGGCCGUUUCCUGGAGGGACUGGGCACCAUCUUCUCUCACGAUCCCUGGCUGCAGCUGUGCCGACAGCGGGGUGGCACCUCCUGGAGCUGUAAGGCUGUCGGGCAGCCCAUGUCCCCUGGUGUGCCCAGUGAUGACCAGGUCCUGCUGGUCUUCUAUGACCAACGCCAGGUGCUACUGUCACAGCUACACCCACCCACAGUCUUGCCUGACCGCCAGGCUGGAGAUGCCCCGGCCAGUGCCGGGGGCCUGGCUGCCGUCUUCGACACGGUGGCCCGUAGUGAGGUGCUCUUCCGCAGUGACAGGUUCGACGAGGGGCCUGUGAGGCUGAGCCAUUGGCAGUCAGAAGGUGUGGAGGCCAGCAUCCUGGUAGAGCUGGCCAAGCAGGCCGCCGGGCCCACCUGCAUGCUCGUCAGCUGGCUGCUUUCACUCCUCUCAGCUGUUAGCACCUGCCGACUGUUCCGGUUGUGGCCACUGUCCUUCAUCUGCAGCAAGCUGUCCACCUGUGAGCAAGUCCGGCACCGGCUGGGACACCUUUCUCUCCUCUUCAGCAUUCAGGGUGCUGAGACCCCUGCCCAGCUGAUGAGGAAAGCCAAUGUGUUCGUCUCCGUGUUACUGGAUGUGGCCCUUGGCCUGAUGCUGCUGGCCUGGCUCCAUGGGAAGGACCACAUUGGGCAGCUGGCUGACACCCUUGUCCCCGUGGCUGACCGUGUGGCUGAAGGUCUUCAGCACCUGCUACAGUGGCUGAUGGGUGCACCUGCUGGACUCAAGAUGAACCGGGCACUGGACCAAGUGCUGGGCCGGUUCUUCCUCUAUCACAUCCACCUGUGGAUCAGCUACAUCCACCUCAUGUCUCCGUUCAUCGAGCGCAUCCUGUGGCAUGUGGGUCUGUCUGCGUGCCUGGGCCUUACGGUCGCCUUGUCCCUCCUGUCGGACAUCAUUGCCCUCCUCACCUUCCACAUCUACUGCUUCUAUGUCUACGGUGCCAGGCUGUACUACCUGAAGAUCUAUGGCCUAUCCUCACUCUGGCGCCUGUUCCGAGGGAAGAAGUGGAAUGUUCUACGGCAGCGCGUGGACUCGUGCUCCUAUGAUCUCGACCAGCUCUUUAUUGGGACCCUGCUCUUCACCAUCCUGGUCUUCCUCCUGCCCACCACAGCCCUGUACUACCUGGUGUUCACCCUGCUCCGGCUCCUGGUGGUGACCGUACAGGGUUCCCUACACCUGCUGGUGGACCUCAUCAACUCGCUGCCGCUCUACUCGGUGGGGCUGCGGCUCUGCCGGCCCUAUAGGCUCGCUGCCGGUGUGAAGUUCCGGGUCCUAGGGCAUGAAGCUGGCAAGCCUCUCCGCCUCCUGAUGCAGAUAAACCCACUGCCUUAUAGCCGUGUGGUGCACACCUAUCGCCUCCCCAGCUGUGGCUGUCACCCCAAGCUCUCCUGGAGUUCCUUAUGCCGGAAGCUCUUCUUUGGGGAACUCAUCUAUCCAUGGAGGCAGAAGAGCUGCAAACAGGACUGA